AGAUUAGCGAGGGAAAAAAACAAUUUACUCAAUUUUAGAAUAAGGCUGUAACAUAACAAAAUGUGGAAAAAGUCAAGGGGUCUGAAAACUUUCCGAAUGCACUGUAUAUGGGGGUUAGAAUGAUGCUGUCUGAUUUUUAGUCUGUGACCCAUGUGCUAUUUUUUUUUAUAGCAUUUAUGAAUUGGUACCUCGUUGCAUGCUUUAAAGUGACUGUUUAUAACAUAUAGGUCCGUGAAAGUUGUAUUGCCUUGUUGCAGUGUCACAACUUAAUUGGCACAGUAGGUUUCAACAUUUGUGCAUACACUUAUGCCAAUGUCUCUGUGCGCCAGUAGAGGCUGGUGCGAGGAGCUAUAGGAGGACGGGCUGGUAUGGAAUAAAUAGAAUGGAGUCAAACGUGCCAUUACAAUGAGCCUAACACGCAGAAAGCGUGAACAUGUUAGUACUUCAGGGACUGCAAAUGGUCAGACAUCAGUCUCUCUCUCUCCCUCUCUCCCUCUCUCUCUCCCUCCCUCCCUCCCCGACUGGUUCUGGGGAGUGGAGUUAGAUGGAACUCAGUGGCGCUGUAGCUGAGGUCAUCAGUUUGGUCUGUCUUCUUCCUACACCACAACAGAACUGACAGAAAAGCAUCCACACAAGAUCUCAGAGCUAACCCCUGACCUGAAAGAGAUGGAUGGAUGGGACAAACCUGUAGGGUCCUCUGUAGGGGCCAUGAUGUCCAAAGACAAUGGCAGCACCCCCACAUCACCUCUGGUCAACCGGUCCUGUGCGGACCUGAAGUGCUAUAUGGUUCUGUUUGAGGCGGAGAAGAUAGCCAUCGGCUCCAUCUGUUUCCUGGCCGGACCCUUCACUUUCCUGGAGAAUGCUUUGGUCCUGGGUGUGAUCGCCGCCACGGCCGCCCUGCGCCAGCGCCCCUCCUACCUCUUCAUCGGCAGCCUGGCCCUGGCCGACGUCUUUGCCAGCUGCUUCUUCACCACCAGCUUCCUGGACUUCCACCUGUUCCACCGCCUUGAUGGCCCCAUCGCCUACCUCUUCAAGCUGGGCGGGGUGACGAUGGCUUUCACCGGCUCGGUGGGAAGUCUUCUGCUGACUGCUCUGGACCGCUAUCUGUGUAUACAUCAGGCGUCGAGUUAUAAAGUGGUGUUGACGCGCCGCAGGGCCCUGUUGGCUCUCCUUGCCCUGUGGAGCGCCACCAUCCUCAUCUCCUUCCUCCCUUUGAUGGGCUGGAGGUGCCCCACAGGGCUCAGCCCGCCCUGCUCGCGCCUCUUCCCAUACGUCGACCACCGCUACCUGGCCUGCUGGGUCAGCUUCAUCCUGGUGCUGCUGUCACUCAUCCUGAGCGCCUACGUCCUGAUCCUGUGGAGGGCCAAUCGGCAUGAGGCCUCCAUGACGGGCCUCCAGGGGGCGCCUACCGGUGGUCAGGCCCGCAUGCGGCUGGACAUCCGAUUGGCACGUACCCUGGGCCUGAUUCUGCUCAUAAUGGUGGGCUGUUGGCUGCCGACCCUCUCCUUCAUGCUGGCAGAUGUCUCGGUGCAGCUCACACACACCCAGCAGAGGGCUUUUGCUUUCUGCAGCACCAUGUGCCUGGUCAACUCAGCCGUCAACCCACUGCUGUAUGCCCUGCGCUGCCGGGAGCUGAGGGUGGCACUGAUGCGGCUGUUGGGGGGCCUGAGUGAGGGGCUGGGGUGCUGCCAGAGGCACGUAGGGGGAGACUCGACCACUACCCUUCCCUUAGGCGAGGGCAACAGCUGUAGCGCGCACUCCGAGAGUGAGGCGCCCAGACUCGUUAGCUGCCGACCGAACACAGUCUCAGAAAUGGUUGGCAAGCAGCAGCUGGACAUGACUGGAAAAUGAGAAGGGGUGAGAGGCUUACUGUAUAUCAGGGUUAUUGUAGUGGAGUGUUGUGAACUUGUGUUUCUUCUGUUGUGUUCAUAGCGAUGAGGAGGUAAUGUAUCUAAAAUGAACUGUGAUAACAGGGACUAAAACAAAGAUAUAGACCAUGUUACCAUAAAUUGUGUUGACCCACCUACAAGCCAAGUCACUACGAGAUAAUAUUAUUUUAUUAGAAAUUAGGGGAAUGAUCCCAAAUUAACACCUUUGGGAAAACAACAGCAUUGUUAAUGUUGGCAGUGCAAAUGUAGAUAGCUAUGUGUAUCCUAUGCUUGUUUUAGCUUGAGUGUUUGUCCUUUAGCGUCCAGAAGAGGAUCCUGCCGUGUUCCCAUCUGCACAUAUACACCUGUCCUGAACAGAGGCCCUAUGGAUUGCAAACAAUGUUCUCCACAUGUGACUGAAAGCAGUGUCGAGAUCAGAGGUGUAGGCAAGGCAGAGCCUGAGUGGGUCCACUCAGGAAAAAAAAAGAGGUCCACUCAGAUUUUGUGUUAUUUGAAUUUUUAAAAAUGUUAUGCUCUUUACUUGUCAGUGUUUAAAAUGGGAUAUUAUGUCUUUUACCUAAAUAUGCAAACACUAUUAGAAUUCAUAGCAAGCAGUGCACUGGGUUAGUCAGAUUUGAUUAAAUAUAACAAAACAGAUGACCUGGAAUGACAUCACUUGCCAAAAAGAACUAACUGAAAGCCAUACCCCCAAUGAGCAACGAAUAUGACUGCAUUGAGGCAUAUGUCACUGUGCUUCCAUGACUAUAUGCACCAUGCCACUGCCUAUUUCAUUUGUUCAUUUAGCAAAUAAGACAGCUCAAAAUCCAGCGCAUUUAUCACAUUCUACACACCUAUAUUUUAGUUUUAAUUUGCUUUAAAAAUCCUACAUUUUCUCUCAGCCUCACGGCAAAAUGUGUAGAAUAGCAUGAGAUGAGCUGAAAAAACGGCACAUACACCUCUAAACCCUAUGGCAAAAUGUGUAAAAUUAAAUUGGGCGCCCAGACAAAUUUCUACAGGCCCAACCAACCACAUAUUUCUGGCUACGCCACUGGUCGAGAUGAGUGGGGCACAGUUUAGAAAGAUAGAGAGUCACACAACACAGAGACUAGAACACUCUUUUCUAUAGAACAUUAUAAAUAUAAACUAUAGUUCACAAGUUAUUUUAGUAGAUCAAUCACAAAACAAUCAAACACAAAGGUAGAUGUUUUGUCUUGUUAUCAAAAUAACAUAUUUGUCACAUGCUUCUUAAACAACAGGUGUAGACUAACAGUGAAAUGCUUACCCACGGGUCCUUUUCCAACAAUGCAGAGUUAAAGAUAAAAAUAGAAAUAGCGAUAUGAGGAAUAAAUACACAGUGAAUAAUGAAUAACAAUAACAAGUUAAAACUCUAAGCCAAACUGCCCUGCUGCUAAGACAAUUUGGUGUUUACUCUGCAGCAUUUGAAACAAAGUGUUGUGUGUUUAUACUGAUCAUCCUCGCAGUGGCAGACCACGUGUAACAACACCUGCACAGGAUCGGUACAUCUGAACAUCACUCCUGCGGGACAGGUACAGGAUGGCAACAACAACUGCCCGAGUUACAC